AUGGGCUCUCAUCCUCAUGUGGUGGAAGAUAUCUGGGGCUUCCUCCAGCUCUUCAGCGACGGCUCCAUUUUCCGGCGGCGCGAAAACAUUAACUUUUCCAUCGAGGUCCAGGACGACGGCGCCGUCGUCUGGACGGACCUCCCGUACGACGAAGAGCACGGCCUCUGCCUCCGCAUCUACAAGCCCCGCUCGCCGCCGCCGGCCUCCCUCCCAGUCAUCUUAUUCUUCCGCGGCGGCGGAUUCUGCCUCGGCGACCGGACUUGGCCGGACGCCCACAAAAGCUGCCUCCAGCUGGCGUCGGGGCUGGGGGCAGUGGUGGUGUCGCCGGACUACCGCCUCGCGCCGGAGAACAGACUCCCGGCCGCCGUGGAGGACGCCCGGAGGUCCGUGGUGUGGCUGAGGGAGCAGGCGGUGGGGGCCGACGGCGGGUGGCUGCGGCCGGGGGAGGUGGACUUCGGGAGGGUGUUCGUGGUGGGGGACUCCUCCGGCGGGAACCUGGCACAUCAGCUGGCGGUGGAGCUCCGGCGGGGGUCGCCGGGGAUGGAGCCGAUGUCGGUGAGGGGGUACGUGCUGAUGGCGCCGUUUUUCGGCGGGACAACAAGGACAAAAUUUUGGAGGCUAUCGCUGCCGAUUGGUAGUAAUGCAGACCAUCCAUGGGCCAAUCCAUUUGGGCCGUCAAGCCCAAAUCUGGAAUCAGUAGAACUUGACCCAAUACUGGUGCUAGUGGGCGGGUGUGAAGUGAUGAAGGACAGAGUUGAAGACUACUACAAAAGAUUGAAAGCUAUGGGAAAAGAAAUCGAGUACGUUGAGUAUGAAGGGCAGGAACACGGUUUUCUCUACAUUCAACCUUUUUCUGAAAUGGCCAACAAAGUUAUACAAGAUAUUAAUCGAUUUAUACAAAAAAAUUCCAUCUAAUAAUAUAGUUUCAUUCUCAUUUUAUGCUCUUUUUUAUUUCGUAAUCUGCAAAAAANAAAA